AUGUCUGACCUCGAGAAUAUGGACACUCUUCGCUUUCGCGAACGAGUCCACCAACGCCGACGACACAGUCAACCACUUACCGACGAGGAAAUCACCUACAUCACCCAACAGAGCGCAGAGCUGGCCGACGAAGCAUUAACAGACAAAGUGAAUCCGGACCAGAUUCGUUGGGCGUCCAAGGCCGAGCAGGUCUUGAGCAAACCGUUGAAUGAGAUCACGAUGGAUGACGCGAGAAAUCUAACUUCAAAGGAGGCGCGUGCGUUUGCGGAUCUCCCUGCGACCGGAUCAGUGGCUUCGCAUGUUCAUUCGGCAGCGGAGAAGAAUGCCGAGGGCUCGUAG